GAAUUGUACAGUAUCUUGAAAAGACAGUCAGUAGCUUAUUAGACAACAGAAUAGAAGGCACGUAGCUUAAUGUUACAAAACCUUGUGUAAAAUAUGUCGAAAACCGUUGGCGAUAUAUUACUUGGAGUCCUUGAUGACUUGGGAGAGGCUGAAUUGAAGAAGUUCAGACGUAAACUCUGUGACCGUAAGCAGGAGCCAAAAGUUCGCAAGGGCAUUGUUGAGAAAGCGGACCCAGUGGAUUUGGUAGACAUUCUGACCCGUACUUUCACUGAAGACGGCGCUGUGAAUGUGGCUAUAGAGGUCUUGGCGGCAAUUAACUGCGAGGAUGUCGCAAAGGAACUGACGGAAUUCAAGAAAUCCUAUUUUACAGCUCAAGGAUCUUGCGUAUCAUCGGGUGAUAGAAUGGCAAGUGCAACUGGACCAAAGAAGAUGAACAAAGAUAAACACUUUGUGGACCAUCACCGGACGGCCCUGAUCAACAGAGUGAGCCAGCUGGAUCCCAUAUUGGAUAGACUCCUGGACUGGGACAUCAUCACCCCAAACACCUACAGUGACGUGAAGGCUAACAGAACCACCCAGAACAGGAUGAGGGAGCUCUACGAUGGUCCUCUGAAAGCAUGUGGGCCCAAAGGCAAAGAUAUAUUCUUAGAUAUCCUGAUGGAGCUGGAGCCAUUCCUAAUCAGCGACCUGAAGGGGGAAUAGUGGAGAUAGGGGCCAUUCAAUUUUUUUUUAAAGCAAGCGACAAAUGUGAUGAUAAUAAUGUCCACUUUUACAGUACAUUCUUAAAUUGGAAAAAUGAAUUGUCUCCAAAGUUUGCAAUAAAUUAACACAUUUUAUAUUG